UGUGCACCGUCAUGAUGAACGGAGAAACACGCGUCGUCGAACGGUGAUUACCCUCUGCUUCCACAUUGUCAAUGUAGUCUUGUCAUGAUCGAAUGACCAGAGGGCUUGCUGCGCGUACAUUACGGCACUUUUUCACCCGCCACCACCAUGUUACAUCUAAUAUCAUCCAGUUUACUCAGAUGGUGCCAUUAUUAUCAUCGAUAUCCGAGUUUCAUCCUUCCUCACGUCACAUUCUGGACUCCAUAAUUGAUUCAAUUUCGGUACCUCUGCUCGUCCACCAUAGCUACGAGGAACCGCUAGAUUUUCGGACACCCAGCCAAGUCUCAACGCAUAAUGUUCGGAUCUCCAGACUGUUUUUAAGAGAGUGGAGAGGGAACUCUCUAAUCUCGCGCCUGGAUGUGCAACUUGAAAGUAAAAACACUCUUUUCCCUAUUGUUGUCCGUUCCUUUUGCCCUCGCGCAGUAUACAUGGAAGAAUGUCAAGAUUGGAGGUGGUGGGGGGUUCGUCCCUGGGAUCGUGUUUAAUCCUUCGGAGGAGGGCUUGGCAUACGUGCGGACGGAUAUCGGUGGUGCCUAUAGGCUUAACGACGACGAUACCUGGACGCCCUUGACUGACUGGGUGGACAAUGACCGGUGGAAUAUGUGGGGUGUUGAUGCGCUUGCUACUGAUCCUGUAGAGACCAAUCGGUUGUAUUUGGCUACUGGGAUGUAUACCAAUUCGUGGGAUCCGAGUAAUGGACAUAUUCUGGUUUCGGAAGACUAUGGAGAUUCGUUCACGCAGGUCGAUUUGCCUUUUAAGGUUGGGGGGAAUAUGCCUGGGAGAGGAGUGGGGGAGCGUCUUGCGGUCGACCCGAAUAGCAACAAUAUCCUGUUUUUCGGUGCUCGGAGCGGGAAUGGGCUGUAUAAAUCGACAGACUAUGGUAGCAUCUGGACUCAAGUGAGCAGUAUGCCUAACGUCGGAACAUACGUCGUCGACCCUACAGAUACAAGCGGCAUUAAUAGCGACCCACUUGGUAUCGCUUUUGUCACCUUUGACUCCACCUCUGGAUCUUCCGGCUCCCCUACACCUCGUAUCUUUGUCGGUGUCGCGAGUAAUGGAACCGACAACAUCUUCAUCUCCGAAGACGCAGGUGACACAUGGACGGCCAUCGCCGGCCAACAACAAACCUACUUCCCCCACAAAGGCGUCCUCUCACCCUCCGAAGGGCUUCUGUACGUCAGCUACAGCGACGGUAUAGGGCCCUACGACGGUGUCCUCGGCGCAGUGUACAAGUACGAUAUCGCCAAUGCCACAUGGACGGAUAUCACCCCCGUCUCUGGGUCCGAUCUCAGCUUUGGCUUUGGGGGCCUUUCGGUGGAUUUGAAGAGCCCCGGGACGCUCAUGGUGGCUGCGCUGAAUUCGUGGUGGCCCGAUGGGCAGAUGUAUAGGUCUACGGAUAGUGGUGCGACGUGGUCCCCGCUCUGGGCCUGGGUGUCUUAUCCUACGAUUAACAAGUAUUAUAGCUACAGUGAUAGUCUCGCGCCGUGGUUGGGAGUCGAUUAUGUUGAUACGACUUUGGGGGAUAUGCAGAUUGGGUGGAUGAUGGAAGCGUUGAGCAUCGAUCCCUUCGAUUCGAAUCACUUUUUGUAUGGAACGGGUGCGACGAUUUAUGGUAGUCGGAAUUUGACUUUGUGGGACAGCGUUCACAAUAUCUCGCUGGCAUCUAUGGCGGAUGGGAUUGAGGAAACGGCUGUUCAGGCGUUGAUUUCUCCUCCCGAAGGUCCGAGUUUGAUUUCUGGCGUGUAUGAUAUCCAAGCAGGCUUCGUGCACACGGACCUGGACACCGCAACCACGUCGUUCUCUUCCCCGGUGUGGUCUUCGGUUGUCGACCUUGACUAUGCUGGAAACGCGCCAACGAAUAUCGUUAGACUGGGAAACGGAGGAAGUUCCACCGGAAAACAAGUUGCCAUCUCUACGGACUCGGGCGCGACCUGGUCGCAGGAUUCUGGCGCCGCAGAUAAUGUAUCUGGCGGCAAAAUCGCCUUGUCCGCUGAUGGUGACACCAUCCUCUGGCGCACCAGUUCCAAUGGCGUCCUAGUAUCCCAAUCCACCAACACCUUCACCUCCGUCUCCACCCUACCUACCUCUGCAGUCAUCGCCUCGGACAAAACGGAUAACACCGUGUUCUACGGCGCGUCCGAGUCGGCAUUCUACGUUUCCAAGGAUACGGGCUCGACCUUUAGCGCAGUCGGUAGCUUGGGAAACUCGACGAGCCCUGUAAAGAUCGUGGUUAACCCGGAUGUUGCUGGGGAUGUGUGGGUCUCGACUGAUGUGGGCCUCUUCCAUUCGACGGAUUAUGGGACAAGUUUUACGGCUGUUGAGGGUGUUUCUCAGGCGUGGGCUAUUGCUCUUGGGGCUCCUGCUACGGACGGGGGAUACCCUGCUGUGUUCGCUGCAGCGGAUAUUAGCGGUGUUGGGUACUACCGCUCGGACGACGAGGGUGCGACGUGGACGCAAAUUAAUGACUCGAGUUUAGGGCUUGGUGCUGUUUCUGCGAAUGUUAUGACUGCGGAUCCUCGUGUUUAUGGCCGAGUGUAUAUUGGCACCAAUGGUCGAGGUAUAUUCUAUGGAGAUGUUUCCUCUACGAACGGUACAUCCACGAGUGUUACUGCGCACGCUUCGUAGCCCCGAUCAGAGAUCAAUGGUUUGAUGGUAUUUCACCGGAUUAUUCACAGUGCGUUCCGUCAUGAGGCGAUGAUUUUCCCAAGUUUUGGGUGUAGCGUAGCAUUAGGAAAAUAUUAGUCUGGAACCGGUCCAAAAAAUGAUGUCAUCUUUGAUGACUUCUUACGUUACCACUGAGAACACUCUA